GAGCACAUUGAGGGAGAGGGAUCUGAUUUCAUUCCCCUGUGCUCAGUGGUGAGCGCACAUCAGGCGUGGAGGUGCUCUGCUGCUGCUUCAGAGGAGGGUAAAAGAGACCAAGGCGUGUGAUGAUUCUGCCUUUCCCUACUUGUACAGACAGGAAUGUUUCCUGGUUCUUCUUUGUACAACUCACAGCAGCAAAGGGGAUGGGAAACUGUUUAAUAGCUCUCCAAACACAUGCUCCCUAAAAAGAAAUGUCGGAGGCUAUCCAGUGCACUCUGGUGAACUGUAGCUGUCAGUGCUUUAAACCAGGGAAAAUAAACCAGCGACAAUGUGAUCAGUGUCGGCAUGGAUGGGUAGCACAUGCUUUAAGUAAACUAAGGACCCCUCAUCUCUAUUCGACAAGCCAAGUGGAAAUAGUCCAGUCUAAUGUGGUCUUUGAUAUCAGCAGCCUCAUGCUGUAUGGAACACAAGCAGUUCCAGUCCGUCUCAAAAUCCUCUUAGAUCGUCUUUUCAGUGUCCUGAAGCAAGAAGAAGUAAUAUACAUCCUCCAUGCUCUGGACUGGACACUUCAAGACUACAUUCGUGGAUAUGUCUUACAGGAUGCUUCUGGAAAGGUCCUGGAUCACUGGAGCAUCAUGACCAGUGAAGAGGAGUUGGCUACUUUGCAGCAGUUUCUACGUUUUGGUGAAACAAAGUCCAUCGUAGAGCUAAUGGUGAUUCAAGAGAAAGAGGGGCAAUCUGUCAUCAUCCCUACAACAUCAGCUAAUAUGGAUAUAAGGGCAUUCAUUGAAAGCUGCAAUCAGAGGAAUGCAAACCUCUCCGCCUCUUUAGACAAAAUUAACCCUGUGAACGUUCAUCACUUUGAGAAUGUUGUACACAACAUGGCUUUCAUGCUGCCUUUUCAGUUUUUUAGUCCUGUACCUCCACCCCUGAUAGGUUCACCCCCUGAAAGGCUCCUGAUCGAACAAGCUCAGGAAAAUAACAAUGAACUGAAACAAGAUGUCCAUACCCAGUUUUCAGAAAACACCUUCUUAAUGUCCAAUUCUUCAUUUCAAGCUGAAAAGGAAAAGGCUGCAACUAGCCCGGAUAUCACUUUGAAACCAGAGCAGGAUGUUUCCCCAAGGGACUUGAACUCCCCAAAUGAAGACACAAAGCUCGAAGAGGGCCAGGUGUCCCCAGAAAGUAAAAUUAAAUCUGUUGAGAAAAAUGGGACUGGAACAAGGAAAGGGCGUGUUUUUUGCACUGCGUGUGAAAAGACAUUUUAUGACAAAGGAACUCUGAAGAUCCACUAUAAUGCUGUCCACCUGAAAAUUAAACAUAAGUGCACCAUUGAAGGCUGCAACAUGGUAUUUAGCUCCCUACGGAGCCGAAAUCGCCACAGUGCCAAUCCCAAUCCAAGGCUUCACAUGCCCAUGAACCGAAACAAUCGUGACAAAGAUUUGAGGAAUGGGUUGACCAUCACUGAACUAGAAGAAAACAAAAGGACAGAUUUUACUGACAGAUCCAUUCCCAGCUAUGGAAGUUCUUGUACUGAAUCAAAAGUGCAACCAAGUUUUCAUGGCGCUGGACAAAAUGGUAUUCUCUUUCCAAACCUGAAGACAGUACAACCAGUUCUUCCCUUCUAUCGCAGUCCAGUCACUCCAGCUGAACUUGCAAACACACCAGGUACCCUUCCCUCUCUCCCUCUGGUUUCCUCCUCAAUACCUGAACCACUAGUUUCUAAUGAAUCACCUUUUGAUGUGCUGCCCAAGAAGAAAUCCCGCAAGUCUAGCAUGCCCAUCAAGAUAGAGAAAGGAGCUGUUGAAACCACAAGAACAACAAAUGAAGUUGCCAGCUCAGAAGAUGACAUGCCUCCACAGGUGGUAAGUGAAGGGCAAGUCGAGAUGCACAAAUCUAGGACAGAACAUCAUAUGAACCACUCAGUAGAAAAGCAGCCCCAUUCAGUUAUAUCAUGGAAAUCCCUCUCUGAGGUCGGAGAACCAAAAUCAUUUAAAUCUUUGGAGUCAAAUAACCUGGGCAUCAAAGUGGAUGAAUUGCAUUACUCUGAGAAAAAGGAUAAGCCAGAACUAAGUAAAUUAUUACAAACAGUUUCUACUGAAAAUGUACAUGAAGAUUCAAACCAGCAAAGUGAUGGCAUCAAAGCACCCACUGAACCUGAUGAUUACAUUAAGGGUCAGUUGAAUUACAGGAUUCCUGUGAAUGACUUCUCUGAAUUGCAGCACCACUUGCUGAGUAGGGCUGGGUUCAGUGCACUCUCCAGCCGGCAUGUGGCCAUUCCUGGUUCUGAAGCUUUUAAAGAUAUGGAUCAUGUGAGUCAGCAUGCACUGGAGCUUCCAAAGGGAGAAAGCCGCUUUCACUGUGACAUCUGUAAGAAGACCUUUAAAAACCCUUACAGUGUGAAAAUGCAUUUCAAAAACGUACACCUAAAAGAAAUGCACAUUUGCACAGUUCAGGGUUGUAAUGCUGCUUUUCCUUCUCGUCGAAGUCGAGACAGACACAGCUCUAAUCUAAACCUUCACCAUAAGCUUUUAACCAAAGAUCCCUUGGAAAUCAAGAAGAACCGUUUCAAUGAAACAUAUCUCUUGAAGGACAUUGCAAAAGAAGCUAUCCCUGAUGACUCAUUGAAAAGAGACCUUGGACAACAGACGUCUGUCAUUUUUAAAGGAAUGAGCAGAACUGGCAGCCUGGUCUUCCCAAUGAGCAAGAUUGGAGAACCUUCUCCCAAGAGCUAUGGUUAUGAUCCAAUAAAUGAUGGAGCCGUUCUGGAUUUAAGCACUACAUCAAGUGUCAAGUCAGAGAGCAGUGCUCAUUCUUCUUGGGAUUCAGAUGGAGAUGAUGACAAUGAUCCUGGAGCUCUGGAGGACAGUGCUGAAAGCUGUGAAAGUACAUGUUUAAUGCCAAAUGAAGAACUCUACCAAGACUAUUCUCUGAUGGACAACUCAGAUCCAAGCUUCUCAAAUCUACCUUCCAGUUUGCCAAUUACCUGUGAUAUAUGCCAAAAAAGCUACAGUAACAAAGGAACUUUCAGAGCCCAUUACAAAACUGUGCAUCUCCGUCAGCUCCAUAAAUGCAAAGUCCCAGGUUGCAACACAAUGUUUUCUUCUGUUCGCAGCAGAAACCGACACAGUCAAAAUCCCAAUUUACACAAGAGCUGGAUCAGGUCAACACACAAUCUACAAUAAUAUCUCACAGUUCUUUAGCCUAACCAGGGGACCUUCUUUAGUCAAGCAUUUCAGCCUUUUCUUUCAAAAAACUAAGAAACAAAAACGGCAUUCUAGUAAGAUCUCUCUUCUUUGCUGGGCCUACUGGAGAAACAAGGCAAGAUUUUGCUUCUGUGUACACACAAGCUAUGCUUUUUCACUGAUUAAAAAUGUGCACCAUUUAGUAAAAUAAUAAUAAUAAUAGAAUGGCUUUUACACCUAGACAUAGAUGCAAAGGAUGCAAUAAUGUUGAAAUGAGGACAAAAUGAUGUUAAAAGCUCAAGGUGCUCUUCAUGUUUUGCAGUAUGAGAUGCAGUGAAGAUAUUAUUCCAAUGUUUUGUUUACAUGUUGCAUGGGAGGAGAUUAUAUAGUUGUACCCAUUUGUUGAACCAGGGGACUUGGACAUGGACCUUUCACUUUUGAGACCCUAGAAAGAGGAAGCUUCCAUCCAAAAAUGGCAUUCCUGUGACAUGUUUUCCCCUUUUCUCUCUGUAAUAUACAGUAAAACUUAACCACAUGUCCUGAUGUCCUCAGGUGGUAUUUUGUUCCAUAGAUGAUAGCCAUGCAAUGGUACAAAGAGGGAGCUGAAAACGUGCACAUGAAUGCAAUUAUCAGAAGGCACCCCCAUGUUGACUCUGCCUCCAUGUUGACUUUACUGCAUUACGGCAUACGUUGUGUUUCCCUGUGUAAUCUGUUAUCAAAUGCCAGAAACCAAACCUAUUCAUUUAAAAAUAUUCUGGAGUUCUUGACAAAAAUGUUAUUAGAUUACAGAUUAUUUUAAGGUUCACUGUGGGUGGCUUUGAAUUAUUUUGACAACAUUUGAAAAAUACAGGGUCCCAUUUCUCCCUCCCCUCCACAAAAAAAGCAUGCAAACGUUUAUGUCUCAGUGAAUGAUGGAGCUGGCUCUGAGAUGGAUCUGUGAACUGCCCGACGCCGAAGCCACUCAGCAGUUCAUGGGUCUGUCUUGGAACUCGCUUCUGAGCCAUCCUGUACUGUUAAAAUAUAAUGAGAGGUCUAGGCCCAAAGAGUAAACUGCAAAGAACAGAAAAUAUUCUCUUUGAUAUAUUUUUUUUUAAAGGACUCUCAGUUAACUUUAGGGGCCUCUGAAAUUCAUCAGUAUGUAAUAUGUAAAAGCUAAUCAGAUGCUUCCAAAGAUUUUUGAACCACAUGCAGGACAUUUUUUAACAAUGCAAUCUGUAUUUUAAUUGCACUGUUUGGUCGCUAUCUUAAAAACAAGUGACAUGCUGAAAAAGACUUACUGCAGCAUUUUUUCAGCAUCGGACAGUAAGCAACAUGAGAUCAAUGAGUGGAGUUAAAGGAUUAAUAC